GCACGAUCUGAAUCAGGUCGUAGACAUCAAUCAAAGCAGACGUGGGGUUUUGGCCCUUUGGCGCGCAGCUAUCGCGCCAGCGGCAGCAACAGCCGGUGCCUUUGGACCUUUUUGAGCUGUCAUGGCUGAAGGCCGGCGAAUGGCCAUCAUCGGCGCUGGGCCCAUCGGCCUGGAGCUGGCGCUGGGGGCGGCGGAGCGCGGCUUCCAGGUGGAGCUCUUCGAGCGGAAGGAGCUCGCAGGCAACGUACGGGACUACGGCUUCGUGCGGCUCUUCUCCCCAUGGAGCCUGAACAUGUCGGACCUGGGGAAGUCCGCGUUGCAGAAAGCCGGCUACGCGCUGCCACCGGAGGAGGCCUAUCCAACAGGCCAGGAGUACCUUGAGGCGUACCUCCAGCCCUUGGCUGCGGUGCUGCAGGCCCACGACAAGUGCAAAGGCCUGCACUGCGGGGUGGAGGUGUUGGCAGUGGGCCGGGGCGCGCUGCUGAAGGGGGAGUCCAUUGGCGGAGGAGAGGUGGCAAUGCCGCACAACAAGCCGCUCUGUGCACGCCAGCGCAGUGCUACGCCCUUUCGGCUCUUGGUCAGAGAGGUGGCGACGGGCCAAGAGAAGUACUUUGAGGACUUCGACAUUGUAGCAGACUGCUCUGGCUUCUACGACCGGGACCUUUGCAACUGGGUGGGCAAGGGCGGGCUGCCAGCGCUGGGCGAACGCGCGCUGCGCCGCGCCGGGCGGCUGUGGACCGCCAUCCCCCACGUCCUGGGCCAGGACCGCGGCCGCUUCGCAAAGCGGAAGGCCAUGGUCAUUGGCGCUGGCAUGAGCGCCGCAACCACACUGCGAGACAUCUUGGAGCUGGCCAAGGAGGAGUCCGGAACGGAAGUGGUCCUGGUCACGCGGAGCGGGUCGCAGCCGUACAGCGUCAUCCCCGAUGAUGUGCUGCCGCAGCGGAAGGCCCUCUGCGAGUUGGGGAACCAGGUGGCAGCCGGGCAGCUGACCGCCGCCUACGUGGGCGGCGCGGCGGUGCAGGAGAUCUCUGAGGUAGACGGGCGGCUGCAGGUCCUGCUGCAAACCCCCGAGAAAACGGUCACCGAGACGGUGGAUGAGCUGGUGUGCUGCGUAGGGUACCACCCAGACACCUCUGUCUACGAGGAGCUCCAAGUGCACCAAUGCUACGCGUCCAACGGGCCCAUCAAGCUGGCGGCGACGCUGAUCGGUGGCUCAGGGGACUGCUUGAAGCAGGUGGCCGCGGGUGCGGACACGCUGAAGAACCCGGAGCCGAAUUUCUUCAUCCUCGGCUCCAAGUCCUACGGUCGCAAGAGCUCCUUCCUCCUGAAGAUUGGGCACGAGCAGGUGCGCUCAGUGCUCGACUCCCUUGCGUGAAGGCGGCGGAAGCAUCAGCUGUGAUGAUAAAAGAGCCGGCACGCGGAGGAGACGUUGCAGGCAAAAACCGUGGCGUCGGAGUGAACAAAAGUGACUGCGGAGA